GGUAAAAUCGUCCAGUACACUAGACUCAAGCGCAGGCGAUAACUACCACUGUAGGUAGAAAACCCUAGCUAGCUAGUGGUAUUUCUUAUCCUCGCUAAACCCAACUCUUACCGGCGCCUCUUUCAGCUGCGUUCGAUUCUCAGCAAGUCGAUCGAAAAUGCCGUUCAAGAGGUACGUGGAGAUUGGGAGAGUGGCGCUGGUUAACUACGGCAAGGAGUAUGGGAAGCUUGUCGUCAUCGUGGAUGUUAUCGACCAAAAUAGGGCACUUGUUGAUGCCCCUGACAUGGUGAGGAGCCAAAUGAACUUCAAGAGGCUUUCACUAACUGAUAUCAAGAUUGACAUAAAAAGAGUUCCUAAGAAGAAAACUCUAAUUGAAGCCAUGGAGAAAGCUGACGUGAAGAACAAGUGGGAGAACAGUUCCUGGGGCAGGAAGCUCAUUGUGCAGAAGAGAAGGGCCUCACUUAAUGAUUUUGAUAGGUUCAAGCUCAUGUUGGCAAAGAUUAAGAGAGGAGGGAUCAUCAGGCAGGAGCUUGCAAAGCUUAAAAAGGAGGCAGCUUAAAAUUUGCAUACUUGUCAGUUUCUCAAUUUUUUCUUGAAUGUAAAACACUUGAGAAUUUAGAUUUUUGGUUUUUCAUUUCAUUAAUGUGCUAGCUAGUUAUGGAAACCAAUAAUGACUGACCUUGCUGAAAUGCAUUAAUGACAGUUAUGGAGCAUUUUUUUUAAAA